ACCCGCAUCACCUUCCACCUCCCUUCAGCAAUAUCAAGAUGGUCGCCUUCGACAAGUGUGAAACCCGGCCAGCCCACAUUGAGGCCAUCCUCAGUGGCCUCGACCGCUACAACCCCGAGACCACCACCGUGUUCCAGGACUAUGUGGCCCAGCAGUGCGAGGACCGGUCAUUCGACUGCUACGCCAACCUGGCCCUCCUGAAGCUCUUCCAGUUCAACCCUCACCUCCUCCAAGCCGACACCGUGACCAACAUCCUGGCCAAGGCCCUGACCGUCUUCCCCUCCGCGGCCUUCUCGCUUUGCCUCGCCCUCCUUCCGACAAACACCCAGCCCUUCCCCACCACCAGCGAAGCCCAAGCCGCCAGCCAGACCUCCGACUUCGUCGAGUCCGUGCAGAAGCUCACCCGCCUCAACACCCUCCUCGAGUCCGCCCAGUACGCCCAGUUCUGGUCGACCCUUAACUCCGACGACCUCUACGCUGACCUGACCGCCGACGUCGCCGGUUUCGAGGAACUCGUCCGCAUCCGCAUCGCCGUCGAGGUCGGCAAGACCUUCCGCUCCAUCACUGCCGAGAACCUCGAGUCCUGGCUCGAUAUGCGCCGCGACGCCCUCGACAAGUUCGUCGUCGACGUCUGCGGCUGGAAGGUCGAUGGCGCUGUUGUCCGUGUCCCCACCAACAAGGAGAACGAGGCCCGCUCCGAGGUUAAGAGCGAGCGUGUUGGCGUCGAGCAGUUCGGUCGUGUUAUCCGUCGUGGCUUUGAGCAGCCUGCUUAAGUGCCUUAUCCCGCCAUUUGAAUGUUCACCCUAACAUUUCACACUUCCUCCUUUCGUAUCUCUACCUUUUUCUUACUACUCCAAAAAGAUGUGCACGGGGAUCGGGAUCAUUCGUCGGUCCCUCGUGCCAUGAGUUCAUGAAUCCCCCCACCUUCUCCCUCGAUCAAGUGAUGAUCCGAUGGUGAUAGAUUUCGCAUGGAAGAGGGGCUCCGAGAUGAGUCGGGAUCUGGCGCAUCGGGCGUUUUUCUUUUUUGACUCUUUGACUCUGGGACUCUUUGAUCCUUUCUCUUGUCUGUAUUGGAUCUAUUUUUCCUUUUUGCACUCCGUGCUACAUCCCUGGCACUGGAUGAUAUGAGAGAGAUAUGUCUUUGUCCAUACCAUAACAAUAACAAUACCUUUCAGUCGAGCCUGCCUAUUGUUUACAUAUAGGGUUGGCUUCGCCAAUAUAAAACCAUACAAGUCAGUUUCAG